AUGGCUGCUUCGAAUCGUGAGCCUAUUGCAGUUGUCGGGAUUGGCUGUCGCUUUCCAGGGGGCAUUUCCACACCAAAGGAAUUCUGGGAAACCUUGCAGAAUGGCCUAGAGGUGGUGGGUGAUAUCCCUAAGGAUCGUUUUGAUCUCAACUCGUUCUACGACAAAGAUCCCCAAAAAUAUGGGACAAUCCGGAGCCGCAAGGGUGGUUUCGUCGACGAUGUCAAGUCAUUUGAUGCUGAAUUUUUUGGCUACUAUCCAGCCGAGGCAUCCAGGAUUGAUCCUCAGCAGCGGCUCGUUCUUGAAGCAAGUGUUCAUGCUCUCCAGGACUCUGGCACUCUUGUUGAGAACAUGGCUGGCUCACGGACGAGUGUUUUCAUGGGCACCUUCAUGUAUGACCACAUGACCAUGCAGAUGACCACCGAACAACGAGAUAGCACCAGCGCGCAUGCAGCCAUGGGAUCCAUGGUAUGGGCAACAGCAAACCGAGUAUCCCAUCGAUUGAACCUGCAGGGCCCAAGUGUCACGCUAGAUACUGCCUGCUCUAGUAGCUUGACGGCGCUGCAUCUUGCCUGCCAAAGCAUCUGGACAGGAGAAAGCGAGGGGGCUCUAGCUGGCGGGGUUAAUGUUAUUCUUCGACCCGAGUCGUCAAUACUGUUAUCCAAGGCUGGAUUCUUGUCUCCAGAUGGAUCGUGCAAACCGUUCGAUGCAUCGGCAAAUGGUUAUGUUCGCAGCGAAGGUGUAGGAGUUGUUUACCUGAAACCUCUCAGCAAAGCAGUUCAAGACAAUGAUAGAAUUUAUGCGUCCAUUCGCGGUUCGCUCGUGAAUCAAGACGGAUACACCGCAGAUGGGUUCACUGUUCCGAGCUUGGACGCACAGGAAAAGCUGUUAGAGACGGUCUACAAGCAGUCAGGAGUAGACCCGACAAAGAUUCGGUAUGUUGAAGCUCACGGGCCAGGCACUGUCGUUGGUGAUCCCAUCGAAGCAAGGGCCCUGGGGGAGCAACUUGGACAGGGACGCUCCGAGGAUGACGAUGCACUAUGGAUAGGAUCGGUGAAAGGAAAUUUUGGCCACCUUGAGGGUGCUGCUGAAAUUAUUGGCUUUAUCAAAGCCUCUCUCGUCACUUUCUAUGGCGAGAUCCCCCCGCAGAUCAAUCACAAAAACCCGAACCCUUCGAUCGACUUCAAGGCCCUACGCCUUGCAAUACCAACCGAGAGAACCCUAUUGCCCCGUGACCACGAUCAGAAGAUGUUGGUCGGUGUUAACUCCUUUGGAGCUGGAGGUGCCAAUGCGCAUAUCAUACUGGAGGAGGCGCCAAAUGAUACUAGCACGUGUAUUAAGACACCUUCUCGUGGAGGGCGCGUUUUCAGCCUAUCUGCAAAGUCGCAGGCUGCUUUGGCGCAGGCUGCCAGAGAUCUGGCUUCUUAUCUGCGCUUACACAAGCCUUCGCUUGAGGAUGUUGCGCUCCGAGCAGGCAUCCAAGAAAUCUUAGUGCUACAAAAACUGCCAGGUGCACCAUCCCCUAAGGUUGCCUUUGUGUUCUCUGGCCAAGGUGGCCAGUGGCUUGGGAUGGGUAUGCGUCUUGCAUAUCAAGAACCUAUUUUCCGAGACCAUCUGGCUGCCUUCGAUGGAAUAUUUACCCCUCUCGCACACUUUUCGAUUAUUGCAGAGAUCUUUGGGUACCCUGUCGACGAUUCGAAGAUGACGCAAACCACCAUAGCCCAGCCAGCGAUAGCGGCAAUUCAGAUCGCACUGGCAAGAACACUGAUUUCCUAUGGUGUCAAACCGGAUAGUUGUGUGGGACAUUCCAUCGGGGAGAUUGCUGCUGCCCAUAUAUCUGGUGCCCUGAGCCUGGAAGAAGCCGUCAGAGUAAUAUACCAUCGGUCCCAGAUUCAGAGCAAGGCUGCCGGCGCUGGGUCAAUGUUAGCCGUGGGAGCAUCAGCCACAGAAGCCGAGAAUAUCAUCAAACUCGUUCAGGUUGUUGGCAAAGUGGAGAUGGCAGCUUUUAACGGUCCCAAAAUGACUACUCUCACCGGGGCUGUGACCGAACUCGAGCUCGUCGCCAGAGAGCUGGAGAAGCGUGGCAUGUUCGCUCGGUUCAUCAAGGUAGACACUCCAUAUCACAGUCACUUUAUGGAUCCCCUGGAAGACGAACUUCUCGGGGCCUUGUCCUCCAUUCAGGGGAAACAGACUGAACUAAGUCUGUAUUCCACUGUUACCACGGCCAUUGAGCCGGGGACGCAUCUGACCGGGACAUAUUGGUUCAACAACAUACGCAAGCCGGUCAGAUAUGUUGAGACUGUUGAGCAUAUGAUUGAAGAUGGCAUGAACUUUCUGGUCGAGAUAGGGCCGCACCCCGUUCUAAUAUCUGGAACCCGAGAAAUUGCAGAGGCUGCUAAGAGCCCAGUGCAUUUGCUUCCAGCCAUGAUUCGCGGUAGCGAUGUUGAACCUAUCUCCCGUGUCAUAGGUGCCGCACAUGCUGUCGGUAUUCCCGUCGACAUUUUAUCGUUUAACGGUGGAGGGGGUCACUUUAUUGAUCUGCCCCUAUAUCCUUUCCAAAGGCAGCAUCACUGGUUCGAGAAUCCGGAAGCUCAACAGAACCGCCUUGCAGAGUCUCGUCAUCCGUUCCUUGUAGCCUCAACAAGCCUGACCGAUAAUGAACGUGGUAUCAUACGACUCAGGUUAAGCACCGGCGUGUCACCAUUUCUCAGUGAUCAUGUGGUUGACGGGGCAAUUGUAUUCCCGAUGACGGGACAUAUCGAAGCGACAUAUCUAGCCGCAAGCAAAUAUAUGAAACAUCAGACGGUCUGGUUAGAAGAUCUCCGAUUUGAACACCCUGUUGUUCUGGCCCCAGCGGAAGAUUUCGCCCCUCAAGUCAUGCUUGAGAUUGUCGGUGCCGCCAACGAUUUUGUUCUUAGCUCUCGACAGGCAGGUGCAGCCCCCGAGGACGGCUGGCAAGUCUGUUCCAGAGGUCGGAUAAAUGCACACGAUGAGCCUCCCGGCGAAGCCACUGAGGAUCUUGAUGGCAUAAAGGCUCGUCUACAGUCAGGGCAAGAGGUAGACGUGGACGGAUUCUACCAGAAACUCGAGGAGGCAGGCCUUCGGUACGGCAGAUCAUUCAGAUGCGUCCAAAAGAUGUGGUAUUCUGGAAUUGAGGUUUUCUCUGCGGUGGAACUCCCCGCUUCGUUGAAUGAGGAGGCGACACAGUUCAACUUUCAUCCCGCGCUUUUGGAUGCCGCUGUCCACACAUUGUACGCUCAUCAGCAUUAUGUCGGCGACCCUACCCAGGUGUAUCUACCCAGCCACGUGGAGGCAGUGCACAUUGUGAAUGACAGUCCUAUCACAGCUGCCUUUGCACAUGUCCAGGUGUAUCGCCACGACCAUACGUUCCUCGCGUGCAAUGUGUUGGUAUAUGGAGAUAGAGGUCAGCUCAUUGCCAGGCUGAACGGCUUAACGACAAAACGUCUCCAGGGCAAAUCUCUAUCUCAGCCCACAGAACACCAAGUACGUUUCCAGCUGGAGGUCGAAGAGCAGGCAAAUAGGACAGACGCGAAUCUUCGGAAUGUUUUGAUCCUUCACCCAUCAGAUUAUCAGUGGGAUUGGCUGCCAAAUACGGUUCAGAGGUCAUUCCCACAUUCAGCAAUUCACGAAGAGAAGAUAGAUUCAUUUGGAGCUUCGUGGGAAGCUGCUAAAUGGGGUUUCAAUUUGGACCGUCGGACACUUCUCAUAAUACCAGCAUUGUUAUCGGAGACACCAGAAUCGAAUAUUUACAACAAGUUAGAUGCUGUGAUAAAGACUUUCGCGCGUGUUGCAUCUUGGAUUCAUGCUCAGAAUGGCACUUGCAUGGUGGUUGUGCUCACCGAGGGGGCUUGUAUGACCCCGGCCGAUACACAAUGCAAUCCCCUGGCCUCAUCCCUUGAAGCGGCUACACGUGUUCUGGCAAACGAGCUGCCACAUUCUCUAAUUCGUGUCGUUGAUCUCGCAACUAACACGGCUGGCGACCAAACUACUCUACUCGAGGCAGAGCUGCAAACCAUUCGAAUUGGCCGCCAUGAGACAGUGGUGGCCCUACGAUCAGAAGGCCAGUAUGUCAGAAGAAUAGUGGUUGUGGACAUUGAAGAGGAAGAAAAGCAGAACCAAAUCUCUCUUCCUGCAAGAGGAGGAAAAUAUCACGCGGAGCGCAACACCAACGGUUCUUUGGAUGGUGUCAUUCUGAGACAGCAUUCUCUCCCAAAUCUAGGUCCAGAUGAAGUGGGAAUUGAAGUCCACGCUGCAGGCCUGAACUUCAAGGAUGUCAUGAAUUCAAUGGGCCUUCUAAGCGAUAGAGUGACCUCGGUUGGUCUAACAGGUCAAACCCUGGGUUCUGAGGUGGCCGGACGAGUCACAGACAUCGGAGAGAAUGUGACGGACAUUGAUUACGGCACUCCAGUUAUGGCCCGGGUUUCGAACGGCAUCGCAGGUUACGCCGUUUCCAAUCGUGAUCUUGUCAUGCCUAUCCCCUCGUCUCUUUCUAUCACCCAGGCAGCUUGUGUGCCAACUACUUUCACCGCGGCGUAUUAUGCCCUUGUGCAUCUCGGGCGGCUCGCGCCGGGUGAAACUGUUCUAGUGCAUUCAGGAGCUGGUGGAGUUGGAUCAGCAGCAAUUCAAAUUGCGAAACUGAUUGGCGCCCGUGUGUACGCAACAGCCGGAAGCCCGGCCCGUCGAGCUUGGGUGACCAGUGUGGGAGUUGAAGCAGCCUUCGACUCCCGAUCCUUGACAUUACAUGAUGAGGUCAUGCAGGCCACCAAUGGUCAGGGCGUCGACGUCGUGCUUAAUUGCCUGACCGGGGCCAUGUUCAUGCAAUCUAUGGCAUGCCUUGCUCCGUUUGGGCGAUUUUUAGAAAUCGGAACUACAGACAUCUAUCGGAACAUGAGGCUUUACCAAGAGCAAUUUGGGCAAAACUGUUCCUUCUUCGCCAUUGAUGUCGAUAGGUUGGCAGCAGAAAAACCAGCUCUACACCGACAGAUCGUGAAUGAGAUCUGUGGGCUUUUCAAUGACGGUAAGCUGGUUCCACCGCCGAUUACCACGUAUCCGGUCACAGAGCUAUCGACGGCCCUGAAGAAACUAUCCCGGUCUGCCAUUAUUGGCAAGGUGGUGGUGGAAAUGCCAGACGAUGUUGAAAUUCAAGUAGCGCCCCCAAGCCAACUGAGGCUGGAAGAAAAUCGAAGCUAUCUCAUCACGGGCGGUACAAGUGGGUUAGGGCUUCGCUUGGCCAUAUUCCUGGUUGAACGAGGGGCAAGACAUCUAGUGCUUUUCAGCAGAUCAGGGCCAAAAUCUGCUGAAGACCACGCUAUUAUAUCUCAUUUACAACGUCGAGGGACGACGGUCAACAUUGAAAAGGGUGAUAUUACUGACGCCCAAGUGGUUGACUUCCUCUUCCAUCAGGAAAGGACUUGGCCACCAAUUGCGGGUGUCAUUCACUCCGCUGGUGUACUAGAGGCCGCGUCUGCCCAUGAUACCACGAUGGACAACUUCCGUGCUGUUUUUGGUCCCAAAGCGCUAGGUGCUUGGAAUCUACACCAAUCAUCACAAGGGGUCGACCUCGACUUCUUUGUUUUAGUAUCGUCUAUUUCCAGUAUUCUUGGGGUUGCAGGACAAAUGAGCUACGCGGCGGCAAAUCAGUUCCUCGACGGGCUUGCACAUCAUCGCCAAGCGUCCGGCCUCCCUGGAGCCUCGCUUAACCUUGGGGUUCUGGGGGAUUAUGCAGGAAUGUCUCGCCAGUCCUCUCAUAAUGACCGAGUACUUCAGUUGGCCGAGUCAGACGGGAUUCACGUCCUGAAUCUCCCGACUGUCUUGUCUACCUUUGAGCGCGCUGCCAUUUAUAACACUGCACAAAGCAUCGCUUCUAAGAUGGACUGGUCAAUGUUCUUCAAAUCCUAUCCCCACUUAACCCUGGACGGUGCUUAUGUCGGGUUGAACAAACAACAGACGUCAGAGGGAAGCGGUGACUCUGGUAGAUCUCUAUCUCAACUAACGGGUCCAGAGCGGACCCAGGCGAUCACGGAUAUACUGCAAGCAGGGUUGGCCAAAAUACUAGGAGUGGAUAGUAGCCGGAUAUCGCCAACAGAAAAGAUCAACAAAUAUUCUUUCGACUCCCUGACUCUCACACAAGUGCGAAGUUUGAUCCUGCGUGAAUUCCGACUUCCAUACCCUCUCAUCAGGCUUUUCGAAGGGCCUAGUCUACAGGAGAUUGCAGCGGAUCUAGACGGUAUCGCUCACGGCAACGAAUCGGCCUCACAAACCCUGAACGACACCGUGAACGACACUUCUAAGUUCAUGCCUCACGAUGGUCUAAUCACACUUUCACCGUGGUUCGUUCGGGGUAAACCCGUUAACGCCAACCGUCCGCGAGUACUAUGCUUCCACUCCAUGGGAAUCGGCGCAACUCUCUUCCUUCCUUUCUUAAUAGACCCUCCAGCCGGGUUAGAUCCCAUUGCAGUACAGCUUCCAGGCCGAGAGACCCGCGCAGACGAACCCGUCGUAACGAACAUAUCUCAAAUCGUGACCGGCAUCCUAGACGAGAUGGAAGAUGUGAUCGGGAGACCGCACAUUAUUUGGGGUCAUUCGUUUGGAGGAAUCAUUGCAUUUGAAGUUCUCCGUGGUCUCCGACGACGUGGGAAGCCACUACCACGCCUUCUCAUCACGGGUACGAUCGCACCGCAUAUGGUGAGGAUCUGGCAGAAGCGAGAUAUCAUGAUGGAGACUCUAAGGGAGGAUUCCACGCCCGAUUAUUUGCUAGCUGUGGCACGAUAUAUUGACAACGCGGAUCUUGUGCGCUCGAUUUUGCCUCUGAUGAAGCUGGAUGCGCCUUUGUUGCUCAAUUACCAGUUCCACGAAGAGGAGCCGUUGGAUAUACCCAUCACGGCCUUUGCGGCUCGUCAGGAUGAUAUUGUUUACCCGGAGGAGGCAGCUGGGUGGAGUAUGCAGACGAAGGAAUUCCGUCUCAUAGAAGUGGAUGGUGAUCACUGGUUCUUGUAUCGAAAUCGCGAGAUACUCCGGGAGACGCUGGAGGGUAUGGCGAGCGAGGCUGUUAUGGAUGACGACUGA